AUGGAGCAGCGUCAUCCUCCCAUUGAUUUUACGCAGUUGCCAGGGCCCUAUGAGGCAUGGAAGCUGGGGGUAAUUUGCGGGGACACAGGGUCUGGAAAGACUUCGGCGCUCCACACGGUCUCCACCUUCUAUGAGUUGCAUGGCCUCCCUUGGCAAACUGAGCCUCCCAUUGCCGCGGGUAACACGGCCAUAUGCAGCUAUCCAGAGCUGCACGGUGGAGACGUGAAGUCGAUUUCUCUGAAAUUCCAGGCAGUCGCAAUGCACUCUUUGCCCACUCGGGUGAAGCCUUUCCACGUGCUCUCACAAGGGGAGCGAGAGCGCUUCCUGCUGGCGACCUCAUUGAAGGAAGGACAACUGGGGCCCUGGGAUGAAUUCAAUCGCGUUGCCAGUGGGAACCCUGUUAAUGGUGCAGAUGUGCACGGUGCACCCCCUAAAGAUGAUAUUCUUCUGAAAGCGCGGCAAUUUUGUCGGGAGGGUCAGUCGCCACCCAGAAUUCACGCAUAUUUGCAACCAAGUUUUUCGAACACACGUUGCGUUGGCAUUUUUGUCAGCAGGGAAUGGGAGUGGCGAUCGGUUCGAUGGGGAAAUAAUUCCAUAAUAGAUUCUCUGGACACCAUCAUUUUUGAGCCUAUAGGCCAGUACCUAAAUGAUGCUUUGACCGGCUGGGUUUCAAGAUAG